CAUCAGCUCGCGGCCUGAGCCUGGUAGAGGCAUGGAACCCUCCGUGAGGACUGCAUCAGAAUUAUUAGUGUUCGUGUUAUCCCCUCUGGCGGUGGUGAUCUUCAAGCGUUCUUAUAUCCAGCAAGUCCACCCAGUUGCACCAUUUCACACCAUACAAUUUCCGUUCUUGAGUGCUUUUCAGCUCAUCAUGGCAACACCAUCGAAGCAGGAUCAAGUCCUCCGGGUACAUCGAUAUGACCCCAGCAGCAAAACAUCAAAACAGAAGCAGAUCGUUCAAUUGAAUGCAGAUCAAACAAUCAAAGGAAAAACUCUCAAGGAUAUUCGAGAAAUUCUCGUCAGCAACCAUGUAUUUGAUUCCAAGGACCUCAAGAGCCCAUUCUGCGAACGCGAUGGUUCCGACGUCGGUGAUGACAUGAAAGUGGAAUUAUACUUGGCCCUUCUGGGCAUCAAAUCGUCCGAUGUCCCCAAUAAAGACAUUUAUUUCAAGACUAAGAAACUUUUCACCAAUGUUGAUGAGGCCACUAAAGCGUUUAUCAGCCAAAAGCUAGAUCUAGCAUUCGAGAAUCCACCAGAAGUACUCAAGAAAAACCCCGAGCUCUUGACUUCAGCCUUUGAUCCGAGUAACUGGAAAGCAGUUCAGGGAAAGCUUAACCAUGCCGCCGACCUGUCCGAAAAAGAGUGGAGCGUCAUAACAAGAGAAAACUGUCUUCUGAGUGGGCAUCAUGUGAUCACAGACGUGGAUAAUAAGACUCCUCGAAGAGUAGAACGCAGCGCAUAUAACGCAUUCACCUUGCGCCCUCGCGAGUUUGAAGCGUACGAGAUAUCCUCGAAAAACACAGAUCCAGGAAAGUACAAAUGUCGUAUUCCUCACUAUAGAGUGGACGACUACUCCUCUGUCACGGUGGUUGAGACAAAAAAUGCAUUUCAGAAGUCGCUUGCCGAUAGCUCCUUCGCUGAAGGCUCUUUUCAGAUUGCAGGAGCAGCUGCGAUGGGCCCAGUCUCAGCGGGUGCCAAAGUCGGUGUAGGAGGCGGCACAUCCCAAAAUACGGGGAAAGACAACAAGACGAAUGAACAGAAUCUGGUGGUUAACUACAAUUUCCCUCGCGUCACCCUUCACUGGGAUCCCGUGUGCCUUGACAUCACCGAUGAAUGUCUAGAGGACAUCAGGAAGGUCAAAAACCCCGACACACUCGGAGAUUUCCAUAACAAAUACGGGCUCCUGUUUGCUCGCCGAGUCCAACUAGGUGGCCGACUAUCCAGUUCGAAAGCGAAAAGCGCAGAUAGCAGUGCCAGUUCCGUGGACGAGGCCAGCAAGUUCAAAGCCGAGGUUUCAGCUUCUGUAUCUUCUUUUUUUACCCAGGCUUCACUCAAUGCCAGCCAUGAAAGGCAAAAUCAGAAGACUACCGAGUCCUCGGAGCAAAAUUUUAAGAACAGCAUUGCUUGGGAAGCCACGGGAGGGGAUACGCUUUUAUGCAACAACCCUCCUCAAUGGUGCGCCACUGUCGGUCAGUACAAAUACUGGCGGGUUGUCAAUCAAGAGGAUGCUGUCCCCUUAUACCAUUUUCUCUCGUGCUUCCCGCAGGCCGGCCGUGAAAUCAUCGAACGCUUUGAAUUGAGUGCAAAGGACAAGCUCACCCCUCAAGAUGAAAAAAGGCUCAAUAAAAGUGUAGAAACGAGAAUGGAGGACUUGAAAGAGGGGAUGAAGAAGAAAGGCCAUCAGACAUUCCAGCUGAUUGAACAGAAUACAGGGUGCUCUAUGAGUGUUGUUGAAGGAACUGAUGACAUCAUCAAAUAUCUGGAAAAUAGUUUUCACACGAGAUUCAUAUCGAACGCCUCCGAACAUCUGGACAAAGUGAAGAAGACCGGGGCAUGUAUCAAAUGCAAUUCCAAAGCGUCAGGCAAGACCACUGAGUUCAUGGCCCGCAAGCGAUUUGGAGAGGGGGAAGAACCAGCUCUUAAAUUCUGGGAACCAUUCAAUAUGCAAUCAUGUGGCGAUAUUUUCCUGCAUAUUUUUGUUUCUGGGACCCGGACAACCUCGAAAACAAAGGCUACAUCCCAGACGGCGCUACAGUCUACCUCGGGGUCGGCAGUAAAAGUGAACAUAAUGAACAGGAAACUAACUGGCUAAGAUCAAUAGAUGACACAACACGGCAAGGACUUCUCUGUUUUGGAACCUGGAUAGCUGAUGUCAAACACACUUGGACAAAUCAAAAUCCCAUCAAGUUUACUUACAGGCCCAAGGACAUCGUUGAGGUUUGAGCAAUAAAGCCACUGGAAUUGGGGCAUAGCACUCAAAAAUUAUUGUCUAUACUUUUGGUCUUACAAUUUUAUUCUGGACCAUAAUAUAUUCAGUGCUUGGUGGUGGGAAGUCAUGCGAAGAGAGAACCGAGAAUCUGUGAUGGAGGCCUAGUGUCACAUGU